GUCAUGAAUCGAUUGGUGAUUAUCUUCAGUUGUUGCCUGCUUCUUGUCGCAGGACACUCGGUGCAGGAACCACAGGAGUCCCAGGAUUUGCUUGAUAGCACAACGAUUGGGAUCGACGAUGGCUUUCCAGAUGAAUCGCAUGAGCUCCCUGAGCUGGUCGUACCCACCGACGAGAAGAGCCCGUUAGAUGUCCACAAGAUCAACUGGCUACCCGUGUGGGAGGAGCAGGAGCAUCCACGAAUCGCCCGUGAAGUAGGCGAAAUGUCAGCUGGCACUACCCUCAGCCCGGAGCUUUCGGAGUCCAAAGACACUGUGGAGGACGUGCUACUUUCCAAGAGGAACAACGAGUGCCCCAGUAAUGCCGAGCGCGGCCUAACCAAUCUCAUCCGGGUUGCCCGCCCACUCCUACCGGCUCCCCAACUGAGAAACAUCUUGGCGAAUGCCGUCGAGGACUCCCAGGUUAGGGAGUUAAUCAAGUUGCUUCGAAGCGAUGGAAUCAAGGAGCAAGUGCAGCGGUUGCGGGCCACGAAGCAGCACCAAGCUCUGCACGACUAUACCUGUCGGCGGCUCAAGCUGAACCCUGCCUAUUACAUGGAGUUUGUGAGGGUGUUCCUAGAUGUUCACAUCUCAGACCCGCCCACCAGCAAGCUUCCCAAGCGGCGGCCGGGAGUCCGAGGACUCCUCCAGGAUCUCCGCGACGCCCUGCCCCGUGCCACCUUGAGGGAUAUGUACCUUCGAUUGUAUUCCUCCGACUCCGAGCUUUCAAGCGCCGUCCGUCUCAUCCGGGGCUCUGAGUUCCGGCGAAUGCUUCGUGAUCUGCGCUCCCUGAAGGAGUACCGCGCCCUGACCGCCGAGCUGGAGAAGGCUGGAGUGCCUCUGCGCCAGUUGCAGCAGCUCGUGACCAAUGCCUUGGGCUGGACCACCGUGGACAUGGGAGCCGAGACUGUAAUCUGGAGUGUUUAG